AGAGGCCCCUGCCUGGAUGGCAGCAGUGGUUCUAGGGGGAGACACCAUGGGCCUGGAGUGUAUCUUCCCCAAUCAAACUGAGGACUUAGGGCCACAUCAGGAUCCUACAGAAGGAACUGGGGAUUGGAGCAGUGAAGAACCCGAGGAAGAGCAGGAGGAAACGGGAGCAGGACCAACAGGGUACUCGUACCAGCCCCUCAACCAAGAUCCUGAACAAGAAGAGGUGGAACUUGCCCCAGUGGGUGAAGGAGAAGAUGGAGCUGCUGACAUCCAAGAUCGGAUUCAGGCCCUGGGGCUUCAUUUGCCAGACCCACCAAUAGAGAGCGAGGAUGAAGAUGAGGAGGGAGCUGCAGCAUUGAGCAGCCACAGCUCUAUCCCCAUGGACCCAGAACAUGUAGAGCUGGUGAAAAGGAUGAUGGCUGGAGUAAGCUUGCCUGCACCAGGGGUUCCUGCCUGGGCUCGGGAGAUAUCGGAUGCUCAGUGGGAAGAUGUGGUCCAGAAAGCCCUCCAAGCCCGGCAGGCAUCCCCUGCCUGGAAGUGACCACACAGAGAGAACUGCCUUAUCCCCCUAUAUUCCAAGCCAGGACCAGCACAGGACUAACAACUCUGGUUCUAACAUCCAUCUCCAGAUGUCCCUUUUCACAUCAAGGCAAAUCAGACCUCUCAGAGACCUACUUUAUUCAUUUC